GCUUCUCUGAGCUUCACUGCCACCUGUGGGCCGCGGCUCGGAGCGGAGCCCCCUUUGUCCUGUGUGGCCCCCCCUAAGAAGUCCUCCUGGCGGGGCUCGGGGUGCUGGGGGCUGGGGAGAUGAACGCUGCGGCCAGCAGCUACCCCAUGGCCUCCCUGUACGUGGGUGACCUGCACUCGGACGUCACCGAGGCCAUGCUGUACGAAAAGUUCAGUCCUGCGGGGCCUGUGCUGUCCAUCCGGGUCUGCCGCGACAUGAUCACCCGCCGCUCCCUGGGUUAUGCCUACGUCAACUUCCAGCAGCCGGCUGACGCUGAGCGGGCCUUGGAUACCAUGAACUUUGAUGUGAUUAAGGGAAAGCCAAUCCGUAUCAUGUGGUCUCAGAGGGAUCCCUCUUUGAGAAAAUCUGGCGUGGGAAAUGUCUUCAUCAAGAACCUGGACAAAUCUAUAGAUAACAAGGCACUUUAUGAUACUUUUUCUGCUUUUGGAAACAUUCUGUCCUGCAAGGUGGUGUGUGAUGAGAACGGCUCUAAGGGUUAUGCCUUUGUCCACUUCGAGACCCAGGAGGCUGCCGACAAGGCCAUCGAGAAGAUGAAUGGCAUGCUCCUCAAUGACCGCAAAGUGUUUGUGGGCAGAUUCAAGUCUCGAAAAGAGCGGGAAGCUGAGCUUGGAGCCAAAGCUAAGGAAUUCACCAAUGUUUAUAUCAAAAAUUUUGGGGAAGAGGUGGAUGAUGAGAGUCUGAAAGAGCUAUUCAGCCAGUUUGGUAAGACUCUAAGUGUCAAGGUGAUGAGAGAUCCCAGUGGGAAAUCCAAAGGCUUUGGCUUUGUGAGUUACGAAAAACACGAGGAUGCCAAUAAGGCUGUGGAGGAGAUGAAUGGAAAAGAAAUCAGUGGGAAAGUCAUUUUCGUCGGCCGUGCACAGAAGAAAGUGGAACGGCAGGCCGAGUUAAAGCGAAAAUUUGAACAGCUGAAACAGGAGAGAAUUAGUCGGUAUCAGGGGGUGAACCUCUACAUUAAGAACUUGGAUGACACCAUUGAUGAUGAGAAGUUAAGGAAAGAGUUUUCUCCUUUUGGAUCAAUCACCAGUGCUAAGGUGAUGCUGGAGGAUGGGAGAAGCAAAGGGUUUGGCUUUGUCUGCUUCUCAUCCCCUGAAGAGGCAACCAAAGCAGUCACGGAGAUGAACGGACGCAUCGUGGGCUCCAAGCCACUCUAUGUCGCCCUGGCCCAGAGAAAAGAAGAGAGAAAGGCUCACCUGACCAACCAGUAUAUGCAGCGGGUGGCCGGGAUGAGAGCGCUCCCCGCCAAUGCCAUCUUAAAUCAGUUCCAGCCUGCAGCUGGGGGCUACUUUGUGCCAGCAGUUCCACAGGCUCAGGGAAGACCUCCAUAUUACACACCUAACCAGUUAGCACAGAUGAGGCCUAAUCCACGCUGGCAGCAAGGUGGGAGACCUCAAGGCUUCCAAGGAAUGCCAAGUGCUAUACGCCAGUCUGGGCCUCGUCCAGCUCUUCGCCAUCUGGCUCCAACUGGUAAUGCUCCGGCCUCUCGUGGCCUUCCUACUACUGCUCAGAGAGUCGGGUCUGAGUGCCCGGACCGCUUGGCUAUGGACUUUGGUGGGGCUGGUGCCGCCCAGCAAGGGCUGACUGACAGCUGCCAGUCUGGAGGUGUUCCCACAGCUGUGCAGAACCUAGCGCCUCGUGCCGCUGUCGCUGCUGCUGCUCCUCGGGCUGUGGCACCUUACAAAUACGCCUCCAGUGUCCGCAGCCCUCACCCCGCCAUCCAGCCCCUGCAGGCACCCCAGCCUGCGGUCCACGUGCAGGGCCAGGAGCCACUGACCGCCUCCAUGCUGGCCGCAGCACCCCCACAGGAACAGAAACAGAUGCUGGGUGAACGUUUGUUCCCGCUCAUCCAGACGAUGCACUCAAACCUGGCUGGGAAGAUUACGGGGAUGCUGCUGGAGAUUGACAACUCGGAGCUGCUGCACAUGCUGGAGUCCCCCGAGUCUCUCCGCUCCAAGGUGGAUGAAGCUGUGGCGGUCCUACAGGCUCAUCAUGCCAAGAAAGAAGCUGCCCAGAAGGUGGGCGCUGUUGCUGCUGCUACCUCUUAGACAAGGACAAACCGAUUCAAAAGCCAAAUAAACCCUCAUGGAAUUCAGCUCAAGGUUUGAAGACGUCCUAGCUUGUCCUAUGGACCUCAACACCAAGAACCACAAAUUGCGAAUUUAAUAGGUCAUUUUGUAUCAAAAGGUCAAUUAUGAAGCACCUAGAAUUUUUCAAUUAAAAGAAUAUAUUCUCUGGGUUCUGAUAUGGCCCAAACAGUGUUAACUUUUUUUUUUCUAUUGUGAGUUUUGAUUUCCACCCCCAGAAACUGGUUUUAUUUGAUGUACCCAAGUCUUAAGUUUCUCAAUAAAGAAAAAAUCUCCAUAAAACUG